AUGGCUUCCAUUUCCCUGCACUGUGUGGUAAUUGGCUGUAUUUUGCUUCAUUUGGCAGGAGCAUCCCCUCUCUCAGAUGCCUAUCCCCCUCUGUGGAAAGACUGUCCUGGUCAGCUUAGUGACUACAAGGUAGAAAAUGGAAAAUACAUAAUUAAUUUCUGGCAUUACCUUGAGAGACAAGGGGCGUAUAAAAUCCUAUUGAAUGAGACAGCCAAGUAUUUUGAAAAAUUAGCGCCAGAAAAUGAACAAAAUAUUUUAUGGGGACUACCUGUUGAUCAUGGAUGGCAAUAUCAUACAGGCAGAUUAGCUGAUCCCACCCAAAGAACAGACUGUGGCCUUAAGUCUGGGGAUCACCUGUGCAUCUCUGUAGACAGUUGGUGGGCAGACGUUAAUUUUUAUCUCUCUGCAAUGCCGUUUCUUGCUGCAGUUGAUUCUGGCAUAAUUGGGAUACCUUCAGACAAUGUCACAUUUCUGCCACCAUACAAGGAUCAGAUGAGCUUUUGUUAUAAUGUUUCUAGCUGUCAUUCAUCCUUUCCAGAAGCAAUGAAAAAGUGGAAUGAAUUUUACCAGCAUUUAAAGUCAGAUUCUAAUAGUUUUGAUGACCUGCUGAAGUACUUAUGGGCUGCACAUGCCUCAUCCUUGGAGGUUGUUCAUAAAAAUUUUCACAACAGGUUAAAGUAUUAUUCUAAACAAGAAGCACAUUUUGAAAGAAAUUGGGCUUUGUUUGUGGAUUACUUAGCUCCACCACUCUUUCCUUCAACUUUGAUUAGAACCCACAACUUCCUGAAAGGUCUGCCGACACGAGUGCUUCUUAGUGGGGAUCGAGUCCCCUUCAUCAGUGACUUUACUGCCUUUCAGAAGAGUGUCCUGCUUGCUCUAAAUCUUUUGCACAAAGUGCAUGUGUAUACAGGAACACUGUCUUUCAUUGUAUGGGAAAAUUUAAUGAAGUUCAAAGUUGCAAGAAAACUGUUUCUAGAGAUUUUGGAAUUCAUCCUUCACGUUUUUGAUUAA